AUGCCCUCCUUAACGUUGAAGUCUGGCCAGGCCAUUCGUUCCAGCUUGACUAGAUCCAUCCGCUUGAGCUCCUCCUCAGCUGAAUGUCUGUCUAUUCACACACAUACCAUCAAGACGCCCGUGGGCAUCAAGGCUGCCAUUGCAGCUUUGAAACCUAAAACCACCCGUCUUUCAAUUGAAGGUCCUAUUGAAUGUAACUUGUCUGGGUUCCAAUUGCUCAAUUCGCCACUUUUCAAUAAAGGUUCCGCUUUCACCAGGGAAGAGAGAGAAGCGUUUGACCUUACGGGUUUGCUCCCGUGCCAGAUCAACACUCUAGAUGAGCAGGUGGAAAGAGCGUACGCCCAGUUCCAGUACUUGAAGAGUCCUCUUGCGAAGAAUGAUUUCUUGGUGUCGAUGAGAAUGCAGAAUAAGGUCUUGUACUACGAGUUGGUCAGAAGACAUAUUAGGGAGAUGAUACCUAUUAUAUAUACCCCUACGGAAGGUGACGCUAUUGCUGCGUACUCGCAUAGAUUCAGAAAGCCUGAGGGCUGUUUCUUGGAUAUUACGGAUCCUGACUCGAUAGAUAACCGUUUGGCUCUAUAUGGUGAGGAAAAGGACAUUGACUACAUUGUGGUUUCUGAUGGUGAAGGUAUUUUGGGUAUUGGUGAUCAAGGUGUGGGUGGUAUUCGUAUUGCCAUUGCCAAGUUGGGUCUUAUGACUCUUUGCGCCGGUAUUCAUCCUGGAAGGGUGCUUCCUGUGGUUUUGGAUGUGGGUACGAAUAACAAGGAACUUCAACAUGACGACUUGUACAUGGGUAACAAGCACGAUCGUGUGAGAGGUGAACAGUACUGGCUGUUUGUCGAUAAGUUCAUCCAGUCGGUGAAGAAGAGAUUCCCAUCUGCCGUGUUGCAUUAUGAAGAUUUCGGUGUUUCCACUGGUCGUACCAUGUUGCACAAGUAUAGAGACGCAUUGCCAUCGUUUAAUGACGAUAUCCAGGGUACAGGUGCCGUCGUGAUGGCUUCUAUCACUGCUGCUCUUCAAUACAGUCAGCGUGAGCUUCUUGAAACUAAGGUGUUGAUUUACGGUGCUGGUUCUGCUGGUUUGGGUGUUGCAGACCAGAUCGUCAACCAUAUGGUUUCUCACGGUUCCACCGUUGAGGAAGCCUGCAACAGAAUCACAAUCAUGGACCGUAGAGGUGUUGUUCUACAGUCUUACGAUGACUCCAGUGAAGGUCAGGUUCGUUACGCUGACCCAGAUGAACACUGGAAGGGCAUCAACACCAGAUCAUUGAAGGAUGUGGUUGCUGCUGUCAAGCCUACUGUCUUGGUUGGAAGUUCCACCCAGGCAGGCGCAUUCACCGAAGAAGUCAUCAAAGAGAUGUACAAGCAUAACCCACAGCCAAUUGUGUUCCCACUUUCGAAUCCUACUCGUUUGCACGAAGCUUUCCCAAUUGACAUCAUGAAGUGGACGGAUAACAAUGCAUUGAUCGCCACAGGCUCCCCAUUCAAGCCUGUUGACGGUUACGUGAUUUCCGAAAACAACAACUGUUUCACAUUCCCUGGUAUCGGUUUGGGUGCCGUUCUUUCCAGAUGUACCACCAUCACGGAUACCAUGAUCUCUGCUGGUGUCGACUGCUUAGCCCUGUUGUCGCCAAAGAUGGAGAACCCAAAGAACGGUUUGCUUCCGCCUCUUGAGGAAAUUGACGAAGUUUCUGCCCAUGUUGCAACUGCCAUCAUUUUGCAGAGUCUUAAGGAAGGCACUGCUCGUGUCGAGAGUGAAGAGAAGCCAAGUGGAGGUCAUGUUGAGGUCCCAAGAGACUUCAACAAGUGUUUGAAGUGGGUGCAAUCCCAGAUGUGGAAGCCUAUCUACAGACCAUUGGUCAAGGUGCAACAUGUCCCAGAGGUCCACACCCACCAGCUUUAA